GCUGGGCUCGGCGCCGGCUGCCUCCUCCGCCUUAAAAGCGCAGCACCAGGCUGAGCAGGCGGGAGGGCCGGGGUGGAAGCCGCGGCACGAUGCCAGUGAGCCUCUCCACAGCCCUGCGUGUUUUUGGGACCAGCCUCUUUGCUGUGGUGGUGCUGGGGGGCAUACUUGCUGCCUACGUCACAGGCUACCAGUUCAUCCACACCGAGAAGCACUACCUCUCCUUUGGGCUCUAUGGUGCCAUCCUGGGCCUCCACCUCUUCAUCCAGAGCCUCUUUGCCUUCCUGGAGCACCGGCAGAUGCGCCUGGAGGGCCGCCCCCUGAAGCUGAAGGCCUCGGUGGCCCUGUGCAUCGCUGCCUACCAGGAGGACCCCGACUACCUGCGCAAAUGCCUGCGCUCCGUCCAGCGCAUCUCCUUCCCCAAUCUCAAGGUCGUGAUGGUGGUGGAUGGCAAUGGGGAGGACGAUGCGUACAUGCUGGACAUCUUCAAUGAGGUGAUGGGCUCCGACCAGACAGGCUCCUUCGUCUGGAAGAGCAACUUCCAUGCCCAGGCAAAGGGCGAGACGGAUAGUGGUCAGCGCAACGCCAUGCGGCACAUCCAGAGCCUUGUCCAGCACAGCACCCACACCUGCAUCAUGCAGAAGUGGGGAGGGAAGCGCGAGGUGAUGUACACGGCCUUCCGUGCCCUUGGAGACUCCGUUGACUACGUGCAGGUGUGCGACUCUGACACGGUUCUUGACCCAGCCUGUACGGUGGAGAUGCUGCGCAUCUUGGAGGAAGACCCUCGCGUCGGUGGAGUUGGCGGAGAUGUCCAGAUCCUGAACAAAUACGACUCGUGGAUUUCCUUCUUGAGCAGCGUGCGCUACUGGAUGGCGUUCAACGUGGAGCGGGCCUGCCAGUCCUAUUUCGGCUGCGUCCAGUGCAUCAGCGGGCCCCUGGGCAUGUACCGCAACUCCUUGUUGCAGCAGUUCUUGGAGGACUGGUACAAUCAGACAUUCCUGGGCAGCAAGUGCAGCUUUGGGGACGACCGGCACCUCACCAACCGCAUCUUGAGCCUGGGCUACCGGACUAAGUACACGGCCCGCUCCAAGUGCCUGACCGAGACACCCACCAGAUACCUCCGCUGGCUCAACCAGCAAACGCGCUGGAGCAAGUCCUACUUCCGGGAGUGGCUCUACAACGCCCUCUGGUUCCACAAGCACCACCUCUGGAUGACCUACGAGUCGGUGGUGACCGGCUUCUUCCCCUUCUUCCUCAUCGCCACCGUCAUCCAGCUCUUCUACCGCGGCCGUGUCUGGAACAUCCUCCUCUUCCUGCUGACGGUGCAGCUGGUGGGCGUCAUCAAGGCCACCUACGCCUGCUUCCUGCGCGGCAAUGCCGAGAUGAUCUUCAUGUCGCUCUACUCCCUGCUGUACAUGUCCAGCCUCCUGCCAGCCAAGCUGUUUGCCAUUGCCACCAUCACCAAGUCGGGCUGGGGAACCUCCGGGCGCAAGACCAUUGUGGUCAACUUCAUUGGCCUCGUCCCGGUCUCUGCCUGGGUGGCGGUGCUGUUGGGCGGGCUGGCCUACACAGCCUACUGCCAGGAUCUCUUCACGGACACGGAGCUGGCCUUCCUCAUCUCAGGAGCCAUCCUGUAUGCCUGCUACUGGGUGGCCCUGCUCGCCCUCUACCUGGCCAUCGUGGCUCGGCGCUGCAACAAGCCACAGGAAGAGUACAGCCUGGCGUUCGCAGAGGUGUGAUGAUGGGGGGUGGGUGGAGGGAGGUGCAAUAAUAGCAAAGGACCGGCAGCAUUCCCCUGCCUUGUUGUGGGGCUGAGAGAGGGCUGGCCCCGCCCUGCUCGGGACAUGAUCCUGCCGAGAACCAUCCAUGCAGGAAGCAAGCUGGCCGGCGCAGGAAUCUGAAAUGCUUAGCUGGGGAAGGAAGCCAGAGUUCCGUCCUGGAGCCUCAGAGUGGAUCCUGCUGGGCUGGCUCCUGGAUCUUGCCUCUGCAGAAACACCGCCAGCUUCUGGGACAGUUUCCACUGCUAUGCAAACAACACUUCCCAACAUGGCAAGGACGUCCUUCUUCGUAGCCAGUUCAGGAUACAGAUGUCCUUGUGGCUGAUGGGGGGGGGGUUUACAGGGAGCAAUAACCUUCUCCCAGAGACGUAUUGGUGAAGGGGCCCUUCUGGGCCCAGCUGAGGCACCACCUUUAGGUUUCCCUCUUCCCUAGGGAGAAUUCAUAAGGGUCAUUCUCUUUUCAUGUGAUAGGUAACUGGGACUCAAGCCACCAACAUCAAGGGCUGCCCUCCAAGCAGAGGCCCUGCAGAGGCAGGGUGAGGGGGCAGAGCACCUGUCCCUUCCAAGAGCUGCCCCUUGCCUUCAGCCACUGUAGCUGGGGGGAGGCUUACCUAGGGGGAGAGGCUGGCAGUGUGAAAGGCCACCUUUGACCCAUGGCAGGAACAUCCUGGUGGCCCAAGACAGGGUUGUGCAAACUGCCUGUUUCUGCAAAAAGAAAAUACUUGACAGUUCCUCAAGCUCAGAUUGGCCCGAUGCGGCAGCACCGAUGCCUGACCCAAAUUUGACAAAACCGAUUGCAGAUCUGGAGGGUCAAAUGUCUUGUGCUCACUCUGGAUUUUUGAGGCAUGUCCAUCUGUUGCUCCCUGCACCUGCCUAAACAGUCCGACCCUGGGUUGUAGACGUCUCCUCUCUAGACCAGGGGGAAGGAACCUGCUGUGGCCCUCAGACGUUCUUGGGCUCCCAAUUCCUCAUCAGCGCCAGCCAGCCUGGCCAACAGUCGAGGAUGAUGGCCUUUCCCUCUCUCUGCUGUAGACCAACCUUCCUACUGCUGGUGCCCUUCAGAUGUUUUGGAACACCGCUCCUGUCAUCCUGAUCAUUGACCUUGCUGGCUGGAGCUGAUGGGCAUCAGAGUCCCAUCAAUAUCUGGAGGGCACCAGGUUGGGGAAGGAUUCUCUAGACAGUGUUUUGUUAUGCUUGGGUGGGCGCAGGGCUCUUUCCCUGCUGCCAGUGUGCCCUGAUGAGGAAAGGGAGCUAAAAAGUGUUCAGGUUCUUUCCAAGCUAAAAUAAUAUUAAUGCUGUGAACAGAGAUGUCAGAUUGGGCCUUUGCCUCCCUGCCCAUCUCUCUCUCUCUCUCUCUCUCUCUCUCUCUCUGGGCACCUGCUCAGCCUGGGCCUCCUAACCUCCUGGUGCUUCUCCUACAGACUUUUCCUUCUCUUCUGGUGCUAUGCCAGCGUGGCCACUCUCCAUUUCCAACUCAGAGAAAUGGUUAGGGGCGAGAAAGAAACCGAGGACAGUGGUGCUGCUUUGGGAAUCCACUGCCACCCAAUCUAACAGCCAUUUCUUGGUUCACAAUCUGCAUCUCUACUCAGCCCUUAAAACUCCUUCAAAUCUCUCCCCUGGCAAGAAAGUGCCUGUAUUGAACAAAAGCAGGGGUUGUCCCAGCUACAGUGGCAACAAACUCUCUGCUGCUUUUAUGACAAAGCUGCCUUCACCCUUCCUGGCCUGUUGUUGAGCUAACCAGGCAGAGCAGGGAUGAAGUGUUUGGACACUCGCUGUUGCAAAUCCAGAGUUUUCUAUCUGCUUCCAGCGUGGGCAAAUGCACAGAUUUUCUGUAAUUGUAGUUGUGCAGAAUGUGGAGGCCCAGAAAUCUCUGGAUUCCCUACUUUCUUUUGUUUUUUUGCUAAAAGAAAAAAAAACAUGCUUGCAAAACUUACAGAAAAUAUGUGAGCAAUAUUUGCAAAACAUCUCAGUGGUGUUCGAGUGGGGCUGCUUUCUGAGUUUGUCUUGUUCCUCUGCUGCUUUGGCUUCCACUUUGCUUCUUGAAAAAAAUAGGAUUCCAAAUUCUGCCAAGAGUUUAAAUAACAGAGGUACCAAGUAAGGCAUGUACCUUUAGGUUUAUGCAAACUAAGGAUAGCUAUAUUUGCAUGUUCAAUUGACAUAAUUUGGUUUGCUUCCAAAAAUUAAUCUCAGGAUUAUCAGUGCUCCAAAGUUGGGUCCUUCCUGCUUCUCAGAAGCACUGGAUAUCCUGGAGCCUGUUAUCUGCGUUCCAUGUGAAACUAACUGGCAUGCUCAACCCCAGCUCGUUGUAAGAGUCUUCCAGUUGCCUUCAGUUUGUGCUUGCAGUGAGGGCAUGUAUGGGCUGCACAUGUAUGACUUAAGAGUAGUCACAUGAUGCUGUCCCACCAAUGACUUUGCCUCACAACAUUCCCUGGACCCCACAGGACGGUGUAGGCAGGCAAGGAUUGCAUGUGAAUCUGGUAGGUGAGCAAGGAGCAGAGUGAAUUCUGAUUAGAGCAGAUGUACUUAUUGCCACCUUUCACCUCCAAACAACAGAGGGUGGUUAUACGCAUGCAGCCAUACUCUGGCCAGGUUCCCACUACUGCCUUUUCCUUUGCCAAGGAAGGGAGCUAAAUAAUCUGUAUUAAGGAAUCCAUAAUUCUGCAACCAGAAGAGUCCAGUGUUGUAACUGGAAUAUGUGUUACAAAACUGGAGGACUCGCAUGUUUCACUAAAGGUAUGCAAUUUGGGUUUUGGGGGGAUGCGGUGGGCACAGAUGCUUUUAUUGAGCUGGACUUUGGUUUUUCAAAAUCCAAAAUUGGCCCAUCAACAAUGAGGGCUAGACACUUGCUCUAUACAAAACCAAACAUCUUCUCAGGAUUCCACAAGACUUCUGUGCAAAAGUCAUAGUCUCUGCUGGGGCACCUGCUCAAUUUGGGGGCCUUGGUGGUGUUUAGGAGCCUGUCCCAACGCCCAUCUGCCUGUACCCAUUUCUUUCCCAGGCUAGCAAGCAAGCCAAGAUCAACCUUGACCUGUUACUGGGGCGCCCAUUCCAACUUCCAAGCUCUCCCUCCAGUUCAGCGCUGCCCCUCCUUCCUUUCUGCCUGUUCCAUGCAAGGCCUGAAGGCCGCCUGAGUUUGCACCUGAAAUUCCUGCCUCUGCUGUCAUGUUGCUUCACGGGAAGCAGCAGCCCAUAUCAUGGGUCAGAGGGGUUGGGAAAAGGGCCUGUGUGUGUGGCUGGGAGAUGGAGAAAAGUGGUACAGGCGCUGAGGAAGAACUAAGGGCUGGUCUCCACCUGCAGUAUAAUUCUGUGUGCCUGAGCUAUGACCUAAGGGUUUAUUGCCCGGCUGUUUCCCAGGGCCCCCACCAGCUGCAAAAAGGGAAAGGUUCUAAGCAAUGUCUUUGGCCGCUGGGGAAAAGGGGUGCAUGGUACUCCCUGGCAAUAAGGAAUUGGCUAUUUUGCCAGCUAGGAGAACUUGCAGCUCACACUAGAGAAGCCAUGAGAAACAACAAGUGCUUAUUCUGUAAUCUGCCCACUGGCCAAUGCCUUGCCUGCAAAGGGCUGCCAAAUCAGACUGCUGUGUGGCCAGGGCUGGUCAGGGUCAGAGUGCAUGAGCAUCUGAGAGCCCUUCAAGCCUGCGUCCAAGCAGACUCUAGCAAAAGACAGAAAGCUGCUCCUUGCCCCUCUUUUAGCUGUGCGUUCUUCCCAAUUGUGAAUGUCCAGAAAUGCUGCUUCCUGCUACUGCUGUCUUCUGCAGCCUGUGCUGGUCCCAGGCACGAGAGCAGAAGGGGGGUGCGGUGUCAGGCUUUAUUCCCCAUCACGUCCCUGCUCUGAGGCUGCCUCGUUUUUCUACGUUGAUCCCUUUCAAGUUUCUCUUAUUUAAAAUGAAAUUUGUAGAAUUUUUUUGUACUCUUUGGUAACAACACUAGUUGACUGCUUAAAGUUAUUUGGAAACUUAUUUAUUUUUAUCUGCAUUUUCAUAUUUUUUAAAAAAAACAUCCGAAGUUUGGGUUUUUUUUACUAUGAUGAGUUUGUUACAAUAAAAAUAAUACCUUGUAAACAAGAUGGUUAAAGGUUUAUUUGGGGCCUCACUAGUGCCUCCCUUGCACUCUACAAAGGCAGACAGUACAAUUUUGCAUGACUGCAAAAGGGAGGGUAUGGGGUGGUGGUGAGACUCCGCAGGAGCUUGGGGGCAAAUAAUUGGAUUUACCUGGCUCAAAUCUCUGCAGGAAAUUUCAGCCCGUUUUCCCUCCCUGUCUGCCAACGAGGAGAAGGCAAGCACCAAGAAAUGGGUUCCCCCCCCCUGCCCUCAAAGGAAGGAGCAAAAAGGCAGAUCAGAAGGUAGUUGUGUGCCCAGUGGCUGGAGGAAAGGAGCCCAGUUCAGCUCUGCUUCCCAUUACUUGCAUGCUUAAUAGCAAGCAAGCUAACCACAGUUCAUUCUCCAUAGGCUCUUUAGCAUUCAGCAGGAGCUGGGCUCCUGCCUGGCACUCAGGAGGCAAAAGACAAUGCGAGCAGCCCAAGAGUACUAAGCUCCCUGAAGGAUGGAAUCAGGAAGGACUGAGGGAGAUGCAGGGCCCACAGCGAGUUUGUGGCUGGAGAAUAAGGUUGGUGGGAGAUGGCUGCCUGCCGGGGUUCCCCUUUAGUUGGCCUUUGCCAACCUGCCCUGGCUGGGGCUGACUAGAGUUGUAGGCCAGCCACCUCUGCAGAGCACCAGGUUGGAGAAGGCUGCAUUAGGUCACCAGCU